AUGGCGGCGGCGGCGGGGCGGGCUCGGCGGAGCGCCCGGCUGAGCGCGGCGGCGCUGCUGGCGCUGCCGGCCCUGGCGCUGCUGGCGCUGCCGCCCGGCCGCGGUGGCGGCGGCGGUGGCGGUGGCGGUGUUGGUGGCGAGGCGCAGCCGGGCUCCGCGCCGCCGCUCCUGCUGCCGCCGGGAUUGCGGGAGGAGCUGCGGCAGAGGCGGCGCGACCUGCGGCGGCUGGAGGCGGCGGCGGGCGGCGGCGGGGAGGCGGCGGCGGGCAGGCUGGGCUGCGGCGACCUGAGCCGGGCGACGGCCGUGAGCAUCCUGGGCUGGGGCUUCACCAAGGUGGUGGCGCGGGCGGUGCUGGAGGGCGGCGGCGCCGUCGCCCUCAAGUCGGUGCACGGGGCGGGCCGGGAGGUGCGGCGGUGCGUGCAGCGGUACGGGGCGCCCGCCGGCUGCCGCCGCCUGGCCGCCUACAAGGUGCUCAAGGAGGUGACGCUGCUGCAGCGCCUGCAGCACCCCGGCAUCGUACAGCUGCACGGUCAGUGCUAUGAGAACAGCGAAGAUGCUGAGCUGCGGGUCACAGCCAUGCUGGAGCUGGGAUCCCCCCUGGAGAUGAUUCAGCUCCUGCAGACCCCCUGGGAGGAAAGAUUUAAAAUUUGCCUCAGUCUUGUGAAACUGCUCUUUUACUUGGCACAUUCCCCCCUGGGUUCAAUAGUCCUCUUGGAUUUCCAGCCGAGGCAGUUUGUUAUGGUGGAUGGAAACCUAAAAGUGACAGACAUGGAUGAUGCCAGCACUGAGGAGCUGUCAUGCAAGGAAGAUAUUGACUGCACACUUGACUUCCCUACCAAAAGCUUCCCUCUCAAAUGCUCUGCAGUUGGGAAAUGCGAAGGAAUAAAUGAAAAGAAGAAUCUUUUCAAUGCAUAUCGGUAUUUUUUCACCUAUCUUUUGCCACACUCGGCACCAGCAGCUUUGCGGCCCCUUUUGAGCGAUAUUCUGAAUGCAACAGGUGAUUUACGAUAUGGGAUAAAUGAAACCAUGAGAGCUUUUGAAAAGGUUUUACAUCUGUACAAGUCUGGGCUCUAUCUGCAGAAAAGACCUCUUCUUUUAAAAGACUACAUCUCCCUAAAGGGUUUCCGAACAGUGGAAGGAGAAGACUACAAGUGCUGGCCCUCCUACAGCCACCUGGGAUGUCUGCUGUCCAUUCACAGCGCCGAGGAAGCUGCUGCAAUUUGUAACUCCCAGUCACAGUGUCAGAGUUUUAUCAUCACCCAACAGAGGACGUGGACAGGACGCCCACUCGCCUCAUUUCAGAGUAGCUGGACUGAUUUAAUACCAGAUACUAAUGCUGUAGUCUAUAUUAAACGUUCGGCUUCCUCAGGGGAAAGACUUUAAAGACAAUGAGAUCACAUGAAAUGAUCCUGGGAGGAACAAACCGCUGGGGAGAAUUUCAUCUGCUGGAAAGAAUGACAUAUUUUAUUUUGCUUUGGGAUGGGAUCUCCCUGCCAGCUCAGAUAGAGUCAAAUGCUGCUGUCUCCUUGAUCAAAGCUCAGAUUUCUCAUUGCUGCUCCGCUAGCUUAUUUUCUGUUCCCACACUGCUGUUCCACAUAAAUGGUCCCAGUUUUAGUCAAAUGCCGCUAGACUGUGCAAUACUUAGCUUUGCUGCUUUGGCCAGCUUGUCAGUCAAGAAAUAGAAAUAGCUGCAAGGGAUCCGGCUUGGGUAGGCUUUGUUAUUUCAGUCACCUCCAAAAACCUAUGGAUAAUGCACAUUUCCAGAAGGUGAUGGCUCUUUCUGCAGCUACCAAUUGGGAUUUCAUACCACUGCAAAUGUAAAGGAUGGGAUUUCAGUGAGGGGGCCAAGGGUGCAGGGUGGGGAUCCUUACCUGGAGGUUGAUGAUGGGGGUGGUCUUCCAAGGAGGGUCCUGUUUCAGUUCCUUCCAGUGUAGGGGAGGGAAGUGGUGUAUAGGUCAACUCUGGAUGCAGGAUUUGGGUUUGAUCCUAUGUGAUUUCUAAUACCAGCUCCCAUGUAUCAACCUUGAAGGUUUUUCUCUGUUACUUUCCGUGAAAGAGCAAGACAUUCAAAUUAUUUAUGUGUAAGGUGUGACUUUGUAUGAUAAAGAAUGACUUUAUUCUAA